AUGGCUUUGGUGGGUCAACAAUCUCGAGAUGUUGGAAAUGGGGUCAAGCUUAGCAGUGGAGAGGGUUACAUGUCUACGUCUGCUUCUACCCCUGGCUCUCCAAACGAUGCUCCCACGAGUGACACUGCCACUACUAUGGUCACUCCACCUGUCCCGCCAGCGUCUACCAAGUCGGAUUUUCAUCCCGCCCUUGCUGUCACCAUUAUCAAAAACAACAUUCCUUUCAAACUCGAGAUAGACAAGGAUCAUUAUGCUAUGUGGGCUGAAUUGUUUGAAACUCAUGCUCACGCCACUCAGGUGCUCCACCACAUCAUUCCUCAAGCUGACAUGGAGCCUCAUGCGCGCACCGAUGCUUCUUAUGCCCGGUGGGCCACUCUUGACUCUACUAUCAAACAGUGGAUUUAUUCCACCAUAUCCUUUGAUCUUCUCGCCACUGUUAUGGAGAAAGGUUCUACUGCUAUGGCUACUUGGAACCGUAUAGCUUCUAUGUUUGAGGACAAUCAGAACUCCCGUGCUGUUGCCCUCGACCAGGAUUUCAUCUCCACUCGCAUGGAGGAUUUUCCUAAUGUUUCAGCCUAUUGUCAGCGUCUGAAACAUAUCUUUGAUCAGUUGAGGAAUGUUGGUGCCCCAGUCAGUGAUCAUCGUCUUGUUCUCUAG